AGUACACAGCACUGUUAUAAGUUAUAACUUAUAACACUAUAAUUUUUAUAAAAUAAUAGUGUAAUUGUGAAAUUGCUACAGACGAAGGGCUACGCUUCAACGCUAAAUAUUUAUUUUUAUUUGGGAUUAAAACUUAUAAUACGUAUAAAUCCAAAUCAUGGAGAAGAAACGUCAGAAUACAAAUAUAUUAAUGUUUUUUAAAAAAACAAAAUUAGAUGAUAAUAUUGUACACAAAAAGUCUGAAAAUGAAAUUAUGCCCCAAAAUGAAGACGAUCAAUCCAACUCAAUUCAUUCCACUGCUACUGAAAUUUCAAAUACAAGAGAUAUUGGCAACUAUGUAGGUUUUAAAUUUAAUAAAAUAAAAGACGACGAACUUUAUGAUAUUCUACGUGAUCCGUGGAUUCCACAUGAAAAUUUUAUUUUUCCUCUAAUUUCUCAAGGAGAUAAAAAUCGUUCCUUUAAACUUCACUGGAUAAAUGAGUAUCCCUGGUUGUCUUAUAGCCAAAAGCUCGGAGGAGCUUUUUGUAGAAUAUGUGUUUUAUUUGGAAGCGAUGAGGGAGGUCGUAGUCGUGUAAAACUAGGAAAAUUAGUUACAAUACCAUUAUCUCUUUACAAAAAAGCAAAAGAAAAUUUUAAGGCCCAUCAAAAUAAUGACUACCAUAAGAAUUGUGUUUUUAAAUCUGAUAAUUUCAUAAGUGUUAUGAAUGGAAAAAUACAAAAUAUAGAAACAACAUUAGACACUGCUAUGACACGUAAAGUUGAACAAAAUAGGCAAAAAUUAAUCCCUAUUAUUGAAACCAUACUAUUUUGUGGCCUACAAAAUAUAUCCUUACGCGGUCAUAGAGAUGAUGGUUCUAUAAAUUCUGUUGAUGACGAUAUCAAAAAUCAAAAAGGAAAUUUUAAGGCUUUAUUAGAAUUUCGUAUUAAUGCUGGAGAUCAAAUUCUAAAAGAGCAUUUCAAAUCUGCAACAAAAAAUACUACCUAUAUUAGUAAGACGACGCAAAAUGAUUUAAUUGAUUGCUGCGGAAAUGUUAUAAGUGAUAAAAUAAUUCAAAAAGUUCAUAUUUCAAAAUUGUAUAGUAUUUUAGCUGAUGAGACGACUGACGUAAGUAUUUCUGAACAAUUUUCAUUUUGUGUUCGGUAUUUUGAUUCGGACACAUGCUCAAUACGGGAACAUUUUCUUGGAUUCACAAAGGUUGAACAUGUAACUGGUUAAUAUUUAGCUGACACUAUUAUACAAAUAUUAAAAGAAAAAAAUUUAGAUCUUGCUCUGCUUCGAGGACAAGGAUAUGAUGGUGCCGCGAAUAUGAGUGGUGCGUUUAAAGGAGUACAAUCUCGAAUUGCAAGUUUACAGCCUCUUGCAUUUUAUACUCACUGUGCCAAUGAAAAUAAUGAUUCAGUUAUUACUAAUUUAAAAUUAAUUAUUCCUAAAUAUUAUUUUACUUAUGAAACUUCAGACGAUAAAAUAUUGAAGGCUAAGACAUAUGAAGCAGAUUUACCUCAUAGUAUUGAAGCACUACGCGGUGAGUUAAAUUUAUGGAAACAAUUUUGGAAAAAUAAACCAGAAAAGGCUGAUUCUUCAAUGGAAGCUUUUAAAUAUGCAUCUAUGUUUCCUAACAUUAAAUGUCUUUUAACAAUUCUUAGUGUGAUACCUAUAACAACAGCAAGUGCUGAAAGGUCAUUUAGUUCUUUAAAAAGAAUUAAAACUUACCUACGAUCAACAAUGAGCCAGGAAAGACUUAACGGCUUAGCAAUGUUGCAUAUAAAUAAAGAUAUUCAAGUAAAACCAGGAGAAGUACUAGAUGUGUUUGCUAAAAAACAUAAACGAAAACUUCAAUUCGACCUAUGAGGCAAUAUGAGAACCUAUAAAAAUAUUUUUACUUAUUUACUUAUUAAUGACUACAUAUAUGUAUAAAUUAUUAUUAUAUGGUAUGUGAUAUUAUGUA